AACAAAAUGGCGGCUGAGCUAUCGACUUUGGUGGCUUCAUUUCUGGACACAAAUCCCCAGAUUUAUGCGCCAUUAUUCCUUGAAUGUGUUAACUCAAAGCGGCAUCUUAACAAUGAGGUGAGUAUUUAAGCUAGCACUGAACUGUUCCUUUUCUUCCUCCGAGAUUUUUAGAAACUUUUAACGCAACUACUCGUACGUUUUGUACCACGUGCCGCUCUGCGCAUUUCAACUUACCGUUUGAUAAAAUUGCAUUACACGUGGUUUGCUUUGUUUAUUUUAGAAAAUUCCAGACGACUGGAUUGGCAAGGUCCAUACUUUUCUUAAUUCGAAGACUGACAGGUAUUUUGAUAUCACUGUACUGACAGAAAAUUCUUGGUUUGCAACCACGUGACAAGGCGGCCAUGUUGGGGGUCAAAACAAAAGAAUAUUUCCUCGAAGAAUUUACAUGAAAAUAGAGUUUAGUUCCCAGAGGAGAGAAAUGCUUUUGUUCUUGACCACCAACAUGGCCGCCGUGACGUCACCUGCAAACCAGCAAUUGUCAUCUGCUUUUCGAGGUUUUGUUGUCAUGUCAAGUUCAAAUUAGGUUAGUUUUUUUUACCAGUUGGUUAGGUGUGUGCCUUCUUGGAGUCACCAUUGAACAGUGUGAUACAGAUACUUUUACAAAGCACUGUGCCUCCUGGCUAAGAACCAUUCUUCAAAUAAUUCAGGUAAAGAAAUGUCUGGUAAUGCAAUGCUUUAAUUCACCCUGCCAGAAAAGCCGUUUUUUCACUUGCUUGAUUUUGUCAUACUUGAGAAAGACUCAGCAUGAAUCAAGUAAGAUCUUCGUUUAGCAUGCGUGGCAUGUUACUUGGGUAAAGUUUCAAACCCAGGACUAAUAGCUGUGUGCUUGCUUCAGUGGGCUCGGUUACAGCCAUCAAUUUAUCGAUGAAUGGAAGCCUGCAUUAAAAAAAGAAAAAAACAGUUUGAUGAGAGAGAACAAGAUUGCUUGGUGUAGAAGUUUGGGCAGUGGUGUCCUCAAAGGUUCUACAUGAUUCAGACAGAGCCUCUUUCUCCUCUCCACUCAAGAAGACCAAAGGAGACUCUGUUCACAGGGUGUGCAUUAAACAGCAAUUUCUAAACUGCUAAGGACCACUCGGAGAACCUUGGGAGGGGUGUAGGGGUAGGGGUAGGGGUCUUCUUGCACAAUUCAGGUAAAAGUAAAAAAGGAUCCUUACGUUUAGGUGGUUGUAGGUGCUAUACCCCAAAUAACUUUUAGAAAACCAAAGGAGGCAAACAAAGGAAGGAGGAAUCAUUGAUAGGGUAUGCCACUGACCAAAGAUAUUUCUAGAGUAUGCCACUUAGAGUAAAAUCUUUAGUAUCAAACUUGUUGCUUUCCUACACACACACUGGAAACAAGACAGUUAUAUCUGGAGUAAUGCCCCAGGAUUCUCCUGGUUACCCCUUUGAAAGUCCCUAGGGAGAAGCUGCUAACUGUUGUAUAAGUAUACUUUUUCUUUUUUUGGAAGUUUUUAGAAACAGACCCUUUGUCUCUUGUGUGGAUGGGAACAGUUGUGACUGGGAUGAUGACAGUUAUACGGCUCAAAAACUCUCCAAAUUUGGGAUCUCCUUAGCCUGGUAUAUUUUCAGUUUUAUUGUGAAGACUGCUGUUAACAACAAUGUCUAUCUUAUUAAUGUUUGCAGACUCAAGAAAGACCAAACAUCACACAGUACUGCAGUGUACUCAUUGAUAAAACUUUGCAAUAUGCUGUUGAGGUAUUACAGAAAGAGACAUGAAAUGUUUAUAAUAAAUGCCCAUGUGUGUUUUGGGGAGUUGGUCUUUAUGACCAGGAUUACUGUUGGUGUUUUAGAGUUAGUUUUCGUUUCUUUUAACUCGUAAGAGUGAUCAGUGUCUAAUUUAAAAAUAAUAAUAAAACAAUAACACUGCUUCAUCAAACCUAAAGGGCAUGACUAUAAUAAUAGUAUAAUCACCAAAAAAUUAAUGUACAGUCUGUCUUAGUUUUCAGAACUUUCAAGAGAAUUGGCAAACUCCGUGUUACCUACUAUUAUAUCUACCAUGUUGUCCAAAAAAUGCGCGGUGAGUGUUAUAGAAAGACACCUAUAAUGACUCUUGUACCAAUAUAGAAUGCAGUUAGUACUUUCAUCAUCAGCUGACUGAAGAACAGUCAACUAUAAGGCGUCUCCAACCGGGUCUUGGGUAGUGUGCUACUGCAUGAGGUCGUCCUCUGAGAAAUACUUAUUGUGGUUGAUCCAUUCCUGGGCUUGGUUGGAAAAGGACUUCUACAGUCUGGGUGGUGAUCUUCUCCCCUGAGAUGGAUCAUACAACUCAUAGAUGUUGGUGGGUUCGUCCUUCGCUGUACUUAACUUUUUUCACUUCCAGUUAUUGAAUCAAAAUGCUUCUUUACAGGAUAUUUCCUCUGUUUUGUCCAUCCUUUCCUCCUGUGUGUGUCACUUUCCUGGACCAACUGGACCUUUUAGAGUGAGUAACUUUAUAAUGGCUGGAUUUACAAACAAGAGUGAUGAAUGACAACAAGAAAAUUGGUACAUUACAACCAAUGGAUCCCUUCCCCAAGCCAACAUUUUGCCCUAAGUGAGAGCUAAGUGUUAACGUCGGCUUAGGGGAGGGGAAGGACCCAGACUCCCUUUUUUGUUCCUGAGCCAAGGGAAAACAACACUUUUGUCAAACUAGCUUAAGGUAUCAUCCAGGGUAAAAAAUCGUCAUUUUUUGACAUUGGCAAUUUUUAGAUGAUUAAAUGGAGCUCAUCAAGAGCUUUCUUUUAAAAAAAAUUCCAUACAAACAAACCUUUCACCUUUUUUACCUUAACAUUUUGCCUUUCAUUUUAGAAUCAGAUUGAGAAUUUCCUGUUACCUCUCUUAAAUUCAACCUGUGAAAACACAAGAAAGGUAAGCAACAAGUAAUUAAUGAUUCUAAAUCAUACUUAGAGCUUGUAGAUUGAAGGCAUUGGUAAUUGGUUUUGUCUCUAUUCACUGCUUGCAGGAUAGCUGUCAUUGUUAUGCCUUGUUGCCGAGGUGCAGUCGAAGUAGUUCAAGUGGAAAAAGGCAACUUUGUCCUUGGGAAACACAGUGGAAUAAGAUUGUUUCUGCAAUUCACAAGUUACUAGAUGUUGCCUAUGAAAAUGUUGAACCUGGUUUGUGAUAGACUAUCAUCAUUCAUUACUAAGUCUUAUUUCCAUAGACUGUUAAUUUGAUUGAGUGUUAGGUUAGGUGAUAGUGAUAAAAUUAAUUCCAUACCUGUCCUUUUUUCUCCAGUCUUACCUGAAUCCUCCCCGGAAUCUACUCAAGAGUCCGAAACAUUACUCCUCGGUGAAAUUCCACAGGUUGAACCUGGCCGGACAUACACCCUCGUCACCCGAUGUAUGACACUACUGCAAUGUCUGUCUGUAAUGAUCAGGUACUCUAAUUUUCUUAUAUUAUUUUUAUUGUCAUAUCUGUCUGUAAUGACCAGGUAUUUCUAUUACAUGCAUAGAGGUAUCAUCAGAGACCCAAGGAGUACUUUUUGAAUAUACAUGGUGGAUAGUGAUUAGAAGUCGUUUUUGUGAUUCUGCUUUAGUUUAGCCACCGACCCACUUAUAAAGAAUGCUCAAGGCUUUGCUUAAAAAUAUAUGUCUAUGUGUAGUAGCUUUUAUUGGCUUCAGGACUCCUUUGAUUUCAAAAUAAUGCUCUUUUUAAUGAAGAGUAUACUGAAGCAUGCUCUCACAGAUUAAUUUUAUUAUUAUUAUUAUUAAAAAUUUUUUUUUGAUUUUAUUUAUUAUUUCAGAGAGCAGUACUUUAAAGUUGUCACAGUUCCUGUUGAAGCUACCAUAAACCUUGUGAACAGAAUAAUAGCAGUCACAACUAACUCUCUGGUAAGUUCAAUGGAUUACUGUUUAUAUCUCAUUAAAAAACUUGCUUUAGUGUUUGGUCAUUGGCAAUUGGGCAUUGGGCAUUAGGGCCAAGAAUGAUUUGAUUGAAUUAUUGAUUGACCACCAAACAAUAGCUUCCCAGAGCACAAUUCCCAACUCCCCCGGGCAAAGAAACCCUUAUAGAAUCAGCUAUAUGAAGUUCAUUGCUUAGAAUACUCUGAUAUGUAACUGGUACGAUUUGAAAUAUGUUACAGAUGAAAAAAUUUACCAUUAAUCAUUUUACUCUGCGUAGAUAUGUUGCAGUUGAUUUUAUAUUUCUGUUAAUUUAGUUCUUCCCUUUUUACUGAAAUUCAUUAGCACACAUUAUCACAUCCAAAGACAAUGGGAAAAAAUUCAAGGAAAUCCUACCAAAAAAAUGAACUGCAACAGGUAUAAUUAAGUAACUUAUGCCGAGUUUUUCCCAUGAAUAUUUACCAUUUCAUUUGCAGAAAAAUGCAGUAAUUGUAGAAUCAGUACUGCUAAGAGCAAGUAUACCUUUGAUCCAUACAAGUGCAGUAGAUGUGCUAAGUAAUCUCAUAACCAGGUAUGUGAUACCUUGGUAGCAUUUUCACUGUCUUGUUGCCUAUGAAGAUGAAAAAGAAGAUGACAAAGUUGGCUCCUGGUUUACUGCAGCUACCUAAAUGUGUUGUCAUUGUUUCUCUAUUAUUAUUAUAGGGCUACUAUAGUGCAUGUAUGCGGCACGCGCUCUGAUUGGCUGCUUGGCAUACAUUAUUUUGUUGAAAUGACAGGGCAUUAGGUUAGGUGUCCAAGGAAUAUACAAUCUGUGUUUAAUUUGAUAGUGGACAUCCAUGUUAUGGUCAAUAGACAUCUGUCAAAAAGGAUAUCUUCUGACCAGUGUCACAUGACUGUAUCAUAGGCUCAAGUGUACAGUCAAUUAAGGUGACUUGUUUCUUUAAAGUUAUCCACUAACCAGUCAUUGGUUUUAAUUAUUGAUGCAGGCUCAGGUCCAUAAUGCAAAGGCCACAUAAUAAAUAACUUAUUAACCUUGUCCACUGAGUCAUUAGAGGGAAAUUUCAGACCUCAGCCUCGAUGUAUUGAUGAUCAAUACACCAAGGCCUUGGUCUGAGAUUUCCCUGUGAUGACCUCACUCUCGGCUAGUAAGUGGUAUAUAAUGUAAACGUCAAGUUCAAGCAAUUUGUAGAGAUCAGUCUAGAGAAUGUUUCUCUAGGUACGACAGUGUUCCUGUCUUUUUCAAAUUCCAGUUCAAUCUAGAAUGCAUUAACACUUGCUAACAAAUUGUUGUCCUAAGGGUAAACAAAUUGCAUGUUCAAAAUUAUGUAUUUUAGUUUUUUUCCUAAUAAAAGUUUGUUCCCAUUACUGUCUCCUGUAGGUGUAGAGGACUAAUUCUGCCUCACUGUGAUUCAGUAGUAAGAAUGCUGAUUCAAGAGCUCACUUGGACAAAGCAGCAAAAUCCUUCACAUGGUCAAGACAAAUCUUACAGGUCAGGAGACACUUCACUGGAUUAUGGUAACUUAAGAGUGCACAAUGGAAUUGUUGGGCCCAGUUUCCCUGACAUUGGCUGUCUUUUUCUACCCUUGAUAGGAAACUAAGGUGUAGUGUGUAUCUGUGCAUUGAACGCUUGGUUCAACUGACAAGGAGCCUACCUGAGGGGGGUGGUGUGGUGGCUAAACUGGUACAGCAGAUGUUGGAUGAUGUAAAACCUAUGGCUUCUCAAACUAAGGUAAUGAUAUUGAACGGGGUAAAGGGUCUGAAUCUUUGAAAUAUAAAGAGAUGUUCCAACUACCAAUUUCAAACACAUUUGUUUAAGGUUGUUACACAGUAAGAUUAUGUGACAUGUAAGUUUAUUUUUACCAUCAUCUGUACUUAUAUAUAACAUUUAAAAUAAUAAUUUAUUUUGUUCUGCUUCAUUUAGUUAUUGCCAACUACAAGCACUGGGAAUCAACAGAUGUCCAAAAAGGUAACCCUUUUCAACCGAAACCCUUUCAUGUCCAAACAUCUUAGGCCAUUUUCACAAUGACCUUAUCUUACUACAGCCACCAACCUGUUUUCCUUCUUCUAAUAUUACUUGUAGUAAUCUCCAUUAGGAUUCAAUAACAAAAUCAGUAAUUUGAACAACAAGGUACCGGUAACAUCCUGUUCAAAGGUGUCUGAUAGCUGCAGAGACAUGUUGCCAUUGUGCAAAUGGCCUCUUAUGGGGGACAAAAUACUACAGUGAACACUCAAAUAAUAAAAAAACACAAAAUUAAACAUUCAUUGUACACUUUUCUUUCUCUGGAGGCAAAGAAAAGAAAACUGCAAGAUGAUGUUGAUCAACUACUAACAGGUACUUAUGUCUUGUUGAUAAUUUUUUAAGACAUUUUUGCUUUUGCCCCUGUCGUUUUCUGUGUUUUUGUUAUAAAGACUGUUUUACAUGAUUAGUAUCUACAUACAUACAUACUCUAUUUGAAUAGGUAGUUCUAUCUCCCUUUUUUGCACAGGUCAACAAAAGUUUGAUACAAAGGCAAAUGAGAUGGUCACUUACAGAGCUCUAAGAGGUAAAUUUAAUCACAAUCAUUCUUCAGCUUCUAGUUAAAAUAAAUUUGUAUUCCAUUUUGCCCCAUAUAUUAUAAGGGAAUCUAUGACAGUCUAAGCUGUGGAUCCAGAUUCCAGAUACUGGAUUUGGGAUUCUUUGUCAGUGGAACUUGGAUACCAGAUUCCAACCGUCAGUGUGUGUUUCCAAAUUCCUUGAGCUGUAUUCUGGAUUCCUUUGCAUGGGGCGAUUGCACUGCAUCAAUAGACCUUGUUUUUUCAAAGUGUAGGAGGGAUUUAGUGAGCUUACUAUUUCAAGAUCAGUCACUGCCUGCACGUAUUUGAUGAUUCAUUGUAAUCACUGCAAACUAUGUCCAUAUGUUCCAUUAACUAUUGUUAUCCUUUUUAAAAGCUUUAUCUGCAGUUCUUAUUGGUUCUGGGAAUGACAUUCCUCAAGGUACAUUUAGGGUAUGUUUUGAGAGAAGAAUUCUUCACUUGUGUUUGAACUGUCGGAUACUCUUUUCUAUCUUCCGUGCAUUCUCAUGGGGCUUAUUAUUAUUUGUUGUUAGGAAAUUCAAGUAUACAUAAUAAGGCUCAUUAUUCAGUGUCAGCAGUCGCCGUAUGACUCCUUCCCGAUACCAUUCAGCAGUCCUGACUGUCGGCAGGCUUUGUACCACGUUCUUCAGUGUUGUCUUCUUGUAAACUCAGCUAACGUUCCGUCACCUGUCAAUCAUGCUGUUAGAUUGUUUAGUGAGGGACUUCAAGAUGCUGAUCUCAAGGUACUUUGCUAUGUUUUAACCCCUUAGCUAACAGAUGAUAGCAUGAUAUCCAAAGUGUUCAAAGCGUAAUUAAUUUUUAAGUGCAGGGCUGUCACUAAGAUUGCAAGUUGCUGGGUAUAUGAAAUCUAUAGGCUGGGAUUGAACACCUAGGAAUUUCUUUUGGUUCUAUUUUCUACUUGUUUGCUAUGAAAGUAGCCAGUGAUCCAGCUUAACCCUUUAUUAAGCCCAAUAUCCAAAUACAAAUUCUCCAGACUGAUCUCCAUACAUACAUUUCCUUGAAGAAUUGGUCAAGAGAAUUUGUUUGUAUAUAAAAGCUUUUCUUAUCAGGUGAUUAUUUUAUUAAUUCUCACAACAUUUUCCCUUGAUUAUGUAUUGAUUUUGUGUGGAGAAAAUUGACUUUGGUCACCCUUGGGACUAAAGGGUUAAAGAAGCUGGAGGAAGCUCCGACCCCAACCCUUAAUUGACAGCUCUGAAAGUGCCCAACAUAAACUACAAAGAUGGUGCUAUCAAAAUGCUGCUUUUCACUGGGGGGAUCAGGCAAUUAAACUAAACAAAACCACACAAGAUCUUUCAUUAAAGAAUACAUUUAAUGAAAAUGCUUCUUGGCUAAUAAGCACCUACAGGCCUGGGAAUUCUCGCGUAAAUAGAUGGGUUGUUUUUGUCAAACUAAAUUGCAGCUCUCUGUGGAUAAGAAAAGGUACACCUGCCUGUUUCCAGCUGGCUGAGCAAUAUUAUUUCAGUUCUUUUUGUUUUCAGGUAUCAAGUUUUUGUCAGGAGGCCUUAGCUAUAGCUAACUCCAUCAUCCAUCCAAGGUCCUUUCCACAAGUGUGCUCUGCUGCUGGGCCACUGUCACUAAGUACCUCUGAACACCAUCCCAGUAAUGGCCCCUUGUCCACUGACUUUGAUCAAAGUUCAUCCGUGUCAGUUACUUCAAGAUCACUUGUUCAAACAGGAAAUGGAAAUUCUUUAUCUCAGCAAAGCAUUUUGAGCAGAGGAUCAUUUGAACACAGCAAUGGUGUUGGAUAUUCAGAAAUAGGGCAAAACUCCUUGAGAUAUACAGAAAAGCAUCAGGCUACAGAAAGCAGUGAUGUCAAUUCCUCUUUAACUAGCAUCAGGAAUACAUCUGUAGAAUAUGAACAUAAUACAUUUCAAAAAAGUUCUGUUAACCAAAAUGAAACAUCAAACAGCCAGGCAGACCACUGCAUAGUAAUGGACAAUGCUAGCCAGUUAGCAAGAAUACAGGUUUCCACGUCAAGUUCUGACAGCUCAAUGCCACAGUUGCUUAACCACGAAGGAUUCAUUGAAGCAAAUAAGAGUAAAGCAUUGCUGGAAAAUACCACCCAUGAAAGAGAAGAAAGAGAUGUUACUACAUCUUUCUAUCAGUCAGCAGUAUUGCGUGAUAUGCAUAACACUUUUGGAUCAUCUGAACCAAAGAGAAGAAGAGCUGAUGACAGUUGCAUUGGUUCUGAUCAGAUGUUGAAUGACAAACAGCCUGAAAGUACACCAACAAGCAAAGAACAAUGGAUUGGCCACAGUAAAGACAAAGAAUGCGAAGAGAGAGGAGAAGAAGCAACAAAUGAAGUAAGUAAAAUAUUUGUAGUUUUUGAAUGUUUCUUAUCAUCAACUGUUAAGUGAAAGCAGUUUGUUGGUGUGACAAUGAACCACAUCUGAACCACAAAACAAUAGCUCAUCAACCAUUUCCUCCAGUCAUCUUCAGUUUGGUAAAAGUUAGAAAUUCUUAGGUACAGCCAAGUCUCUCUUAACAUCUUUAUAAGAUGGACACCUCACUAAAACAGACACCUAGAGUUGGUCCCUGCCUUUCCUAACUCUUUUUAGUAGCCUCUCUAUAAGAUGGACAUCUGUCUAAGAUGGACAUGUAGUGCUGGCCCCCACCAAAGAUGUCUGUCUCAGAAAGAGUUGACUGUAUUUGAUACGUUGUUUUACUUUAUCUGACCAAGGGUUUCGUUUCAGCCUGGAUGCCAGACGCAACGUCCGGUUGUUUGACAUGUAAUGUCUGGUAGUUCACACACAAAAUAAUUAUUAUGUUUUUAGGUGUCAAAAUCUUUUUUUUAAAAUUUAUUUAUUAACCAAAGAAAGACUUGACCCUUAUUUUACUCACUUUGUUAUGUAAUGCAUACAAUCGAGAAAAAAAAAAAAGAGAUAAUUCCUGUCAUAAUUCUGGUCACCCAAUUCCGAACCAUAGAAAGCAGGAAACUGCAUUUUAGAGAGUCCAGGCAUUUCCCUGCCCCCCCUAGGAGUUCGUGCCUCCGACACUCAAUGUUCACGCCAGUGGCACGAAUGGUACACGUCUGCCAGCUGAACCACUGUAUCCGGUACUUCCAAAUGCUACCGAAAACCCUGUCUGACCCUAAUUUUUUUGCUUUUCCAGGAUAAUGAUGAGACUGUUGAGAUGUUAGCGUCAUUUGUUGACUCCUAUCCAGACUCAGAUGAGUGAGAAUUUGAAUAUGCAAGACAAGUGCCUUUCUUCAUACCUUUCUGGCUCUGUAAGCAAUUUUUUUUAGUUAAAUACUUUUUUGACUUUUUGAGACUAGUCAGUAGUAAUAGCCAAAGGUUUCAAGGUGCGGGCAACAACGAUUGAUGGUCAAAACACUUUUGCUCCGAUGCUGAGCUUUGCGCAAGGUUCAUGUGAUAGAUGGCCAAAACACGUGUGACCAGAUUACAAGUGAUCAAGGUACAUUUUGAGUGAUCAAAUCAUGUUCUGUGCAUUCCAUUCUUUGUAAGUGGAAGAGUGGAAGUUCAGACAAAUGCCGGCUACAUACAUGGGAUGCAUGUGUAAUUACAACAUGGAGCUUGGGAACUGGAAAUAUAAUGAUAUAUUAUAAUAAACCUUAUACGCUGUCAAGAGGGUCCUUAUUGUAGC